GAGAAGUAUGCCGAAGGUGACUCUAUUUUAAUACCAGCUAUCACGCUUCAGAUGGAUGAGAUAAUACCGAAUAUAGAUGAGGAUGAAGAAGAGGAUGAAAUGGAAGGGAAUAGUGCAACUUGGGAGAUGGGAUCAUAUGAAAAAGAGACGAAAGAAGAUAAUGAAAGAAUUGAAUUAGAUCACAACUGUGAAGAGUCAUUUCUAGAAACUGGAUCUCACUUUAAAAUGACCAGCUUAGACACUAAUUUUGAGAUAGACACAAAGAAUACUAUAGAAAUACCCGUGACAGCGGUAGCCCCGAGGGCUUUCAAUGAUAGCCCAGUCUCCAUAAGAGAAAGGGCCUCUGCUAAAGUAGUUCGCGACAGUGGUCGCUUAGUUACCGGGUCAAAUUUUCCGGUAAACAAUGAAGGCAUCGGUAUAGCAGAAUUUCCUGCCAUUUACCAGGGCUGGUCAUGCAGUACCGAGGAUUCAAUCGUCCCUCAGUUCAAUUUUCAGGACAAGGAUGAAACAGCCAGAGGACAGGUUACAUUGGAAUAUGGCCGUCAAGGAAAAAGACUUGAGCCAGAUGAAGCUGAAGGCUGCGUGGGUGAAGCGAAGGAGGAUGGCCUCAAGGAAGAGAGAGGAAAUAGGAUUAAAGUGUACAAAGCAGGGGAGGAUGCAUUCAACACAAGAGAAAAGUGGUUAAUAGGAGAAGAAAUAGAGAAUCCUGUAGCUGCCUCUGAUGACUGCAAACCAAGCGGACUUUUCUUACUCGACAGAAAAAUCCGCUCUUCUAUCAAUUUGACUGGUCUAGAAGCAAACCCUUCACAGCCUACUCGCCCUGUUGCUAGCUACUAUUAUUAUGAACCAACAGAAGGUGAAAAUCGUGACAUGUAG